AUGAAAUUUCUAUUAGCAAGUGUGCUAUUCGCCAUUUCCGUGACCACCAUCAAUGCGUAUUGUAAUGUGUGCCAGGAGAGCAAUCAAGUAGCCUGUCAUGGUCUUAAUCAUUAUUCAUUGUGUGUAGAUGGUGUUCCCACUGCAUAUUAUAAAACAUGUCCUGGCGAUUAUAUCUGCACGGGCGGUGAAUUAAUUUGCUAUCCCCCGAAUGGUGACAAUGUUGCCAGUUGCCCACUGGCCGAAAAUGAUGAAUUAAUGCGUGAGGGUCUUCAGUGUGGUAUCUGUGAUGAAGACAAAGUGUUUGCAUGUCUUAGUGAAACAAGCUAUAGUUUCUGUUUUGGUCAAGAAUCCAUAGUAGCUAAACCAGGUGAUCUUGUCAUGGACUGCCCGCCAAAUACUGUUUGUAAUAUAAAUUACAAGGCGGAUUUUUGCUAUGAUAAUACAUUGGCUAAAGUGAGUAUAAAAUAG